CUCCUCACCUCAUCCGUGGAUUCCCCCAAAAAACAAUCUUUGAUUUGGGUUUACUUUCUCCAACUUCAUCUUUUUCCUUUCCCUGCUUAUCAUUCUUUUUUCUUUCUCUUAUUCUUUCUCUCUCUCUUCUCCCUUCUUCUUCCUCUCUCAAAACCCAGAUCUGGGUUUUUCUAGAUCUGAGUUUUUCUCGGAUUAUGUUCUAGAUCUGGGUUUUUCUCGGAUUAUGUUGGGUUCUAGACUCAUAAAGCUUUUCGAGCUUCGUAAACUCUGAAUCUUGUACCGGAGCUCAUUUGUUUUUCUUCGUCGCAGAAAGCCCUUUCCGAUGAUGCCCAGACUUGGCUUACAAGUGUCAAGCGUGUUUAUUUGAGUUAGAUGUUGAAUGCGCCUUGCUUCCCACAGCAAAUUGUGAAGGUGCCAAUGUGUUGUAGAAGGUAUAUAUUUUAUAUUUUCCUAAACAAUAAUACGGGUUUUCGGGUGUAUUAUUCGGUUGUUCGGUUGUUGGGCUUGGAACCGAAGCCCGCACCGAUAAUAAACGGUUGAUGCGUAAAACCGUUCCUUGGGCCCAAAGCCCGUUUGUAACCAUACCACAAGCCCAAUUUUGCUGCGGUUGUCGGGCAACCGAUCGGUUGCCCGCGUGCGUGCCCACCCCUAAUGGGGCAAACAUUGUGUCUGAGGUAAAAGGGUACGAGUCUGAGCUCCGGAGUAGGGAUAGCCUGAGUUAUCUCAUAGAAAGCUACGAGAUUUCCUCUAGGGUUGGAAGUAGGAAGGAGAAGGGGUGGUAUUAUUUUACACCUCCGUCGUCCAACAAAGAGAAGAGGAACAUGUUUAGUGUAGGGCCUUCCUCCAUUAAGGGGUGGAAGGAAAAAUUCUUCUUUGUUGAUGACAUCGAGUGGGAGAAGGGAGAUGGGGAAGUAGAAUUUUUGUCCACCUGGAAGGCUAAAAAGGCCAACCAGAAUAAGUGCACUUUAAAUAGUGAUGAGAAGGAAGAGGUAGAGAAGCUGGUGAGAAAGGAGGGUAACAUAAUAGAUAUUAUGUUUCUCACCAGCUCAGAUGUUAUAGAAGUGGCUGAGCUUUAUGGGCCGAGCGCACUGAGUGAAGCUGAAAUGGACAUGUUUCUCAGUGUUGCUGGUGGGGUGGCUAUCCCCAAAAAGCCAAGGAAGAAGUCCCAAACUUCGGAGAAGGCUGUGGUUGCAAAAGGAGGUGGGCACAUGGAGAAGGGGCAGAUGUCAAGCACAGAAGCCCGAGCUGCAAAAGAGGUGGAGCUGAGGUCCAAGAGGAAGAGAGAUGAGGUGAAUCAAGCUCAGAAAAAGGAGAGGAGGAUGGAGGAAGAGGUUUGGGGGGACGAGGUAGUGGAGUUUGUACCUCGUCCUGCACCUGUUGAGUUUGAUCCGAACCUUAGAGAGAUCGAGGUCCCUGCCUCUAGCAAGGGUAAGGCAUUUGUGCCCGCGCCUUCUCUCCAGAGCAACAUUUUUGGGAGUAAAAAUUUCUCCGUAGCUAAGAACUUUAUCAACACUUACGUUCUUGAGGUGGAUCGCCACGAAGCGAGGGAAGAAGUCUUGCUGCAUGGAGGGAACGCAAUUGUGAAGCAUGCUAUGGAGAAGGAAAGGGAUGAGCUGUUGAAGAAAAUCAGUGAAAUGAGGAGGGAACUGGAUAUCGUGAUACUAGCAGUGACAAGUCUGCAAGAGGAAAGAGAUACAUUGAAGACGAUUCUCUCGUUCGAAGAGAAGAAAAGGAGAAUGUGCGAAGAAGAGAAUGACGCACAAGAGGAAAAAAUAAGGAGAAUGAAAGAAUCUGAGGUGGAACUGAAAAAGAAUGUCCAACUGCUGGUCCACAAAGGGAUGGAGGAGCACAUCGACGACUUUAUCAACUCCAGCACGUUUGACAACAUUGUCAAUCUCUACCAGCUGCCAACUGCAAUCUUUGCCUUCACUGAUUACAAAAAGAAGGUCAUGACUGAGUAUCUCGAGGUGGAUAUCACCAAGAUCACUUUCAAAAGACGCGUUGUUUUUCCUCCCAACUUCGACUUGGAGUUCGUAGCAGUGAAGGAGGAGGUAGGAGAAGCAGAAGGGGCUGAAGUUGAGAAAAGCCAGUCUUCUCCUCCCGUAGAGGUGCAUCCAGUUCCCUCAGAAGAAGAGCAGCCACCUCUCCCAAUAGAGCAGGAGCCACAGCAGCCACCUCCACCAACGGAAUAGCUUAGGGAUUUUUUGAUUUGUAUUGUUUGAUUUAUGUAUUUAGAAUUUGGACAACAAUAAAUGUCCAAGUUUUUUGAUUAAUUUUAAGGAAGACUCUUGAAUUAGUUGUUCAUUUAUGUUGUGUUUGUAAAAAUUUAGAUAAGUAAAUCACUUCGAAUAUG